AUGGCAAGAAGAUAUCCUUUAAGAAUGGAGGCCAGAGCAUUAGGGGCUGUGCAAAUAAUUCUUACCAUGUUUCACUAUGCACUGGGUUUUCUCUGUGCUUCCUUGUUUCUUGGCGAAGAGGAUAUAAAAAGUACUGGCCAUAUCCCUGUAUUACUUACACUAGGGUACAUAGUAUGGUCAUCACCAUUUUUCCUCCUGUCGGGGUCCAUGGCUGUCAGUGCGCAGAAGAAGCCCACGCGAUAUAAGCUGACAUCCACCAUUGUCAUGAGCAUCUUUAGCGCCUGCUUUUCUGCAUGUGGUUCAAUUAUAUUAUGUAUCGCGUGUUUCUCCUAUGCUGCAAAAAUGCAAGACUAUGUUUGGUCACAGUUAGCUGGCGGUAUGCUUUUACAGUAUUUACUCUUCAGCAGUGUCACAGAGCUGAUCGUCGUAAGCAUCAUCCUGUCCUGGAUUGUGCGAGCAUUGCGUCAUCCAGAACCCAAAACAGAAAGUUACACACUGUCUGAAUCCUCUGUGCCUUCAUAA